CUCACCGCUUGUCUGCUUCCCAAACCAGUAUUUCCCAUUCCCAGAUCUUGAUUGGAUGGAGGAGGAGGCUAUGAAGCAGAGAAAGGAGCCCUGGGAUACCCGAGCAGAAAAGAAGCUAACGAUGGAGACAAGGGAGGAAAAAUCUCCAUGGCAGAAUGCCGUGGAAGAGGCCGUUUUGAGCAACCCUAGUGCACAGGAAUCCAAUGGGGAGGAAAGGUCCCAGAGAUCCCACAGGAGGAGGGCUGGCUCUAAACCCAGCCCAGAUUGCUCUGAGGAAGAAAGACCCACUCUGAGCCAGGAAAGUUGACAGAGCUUCAGCCAGAGUAUGGAACAGGUGGUGCACGAGCAGCUUCAUGAUGAGGAGAAGCCCUACAAGUGCUUGGAGUGUGGGAAGAGCUAAGACGGAGCACCACCCUGAUCAGCCACCAGAUGAUACACAAUGGGGAAUGGUGCUACAAGUGUGGGGAGUGUGGGAAGGGCUUCAGCUUUAACUCCCAGCUCAUCACCCACCAACACAUCGACAUUGGGGAGAGGCCCUACGAGUGUCCCAAGUGUCAGAAGAGGUUUCAGACCAGCUCAAAUUACCCCUGCCACCAGCAGAUUCACACCGAGGAGAGGCCCUUCUGCUGCCCUGAGUAUGGGAAGGGCUUUAAGUGCAACUCCCACCUCAUCAUCCACCAACACAUCCACACCGGGGAGAAGCCCUAUGAGUGCCCCACCCGUGGGAAGAGGUUCCAGACCAGCACAAAUCUCUGCCUGCAUGAGCAGAGUCACACCCAGGAGAGGCCCUUCUGCUGCCCCGACUGCUGGAAGGGCUUCAAGAAAAAAUCCACCGUCAUUACCCACUGGCAUAUCCACACUAGGGAGAGGCCCUACGAGUUCUCCACAUCAUGGGAAGAGCUUCUCCAUGAGCUUGGACUUGACCAGACACCAGUGGAGUCAGCAGUAAGGGAAGUUCUGCGAGUGCCCCAACUGCAGGAAGAGCUUCAUGCCCAGCCCCAGCUUCUUUCGCCAUUGGAGGUCCCACAUCAGGAAGAGCCCUGGGGAUCCAUUUUCCCUGUGAUCCAUGCUGGGAAGAUAGCUGUCCCUUUUCCUGCCCCUCCCAAUGACAUGUGGCAUUGAAAAACAUGAGGGUCUGGCCAUGGACGUGUGAUUACAUUCAUUCCCACCUCAGGUCACUGCCAGGGGCAGGAAAGGGACUCUCUCUCUCUCUCUCUCUCUGUCUCCCUGAGGAGAAGGUUGUCCUUUCCAGGAAGUGGAAAUUGUGGCCAGACCCAGUGAGUUGUGUUUUAGUUUUCCCUGUAAAAGUUUUA